AUGAAGGAUGAGUAUCACAAGUUUUACAAGAGGACGAAGGAGCUGCUGCCCACCGUCGCCAUGCAUGAGAAAAAUAUGAAGGAGAUGACUGUAGCGGCGUUCGUGGAUGGUGGGCACAUGUUGGCUGCCCUCCAGACAGUGGCGAAACUUCAGUUAGAGUGCCGGCCUGGCUCUUGGGAGGGCUUCGAGAUCGAGCUGACUGCGAAGCUCGAGGAGUACGUGCACGGAAUCACCGUCGACAAGAACUACGCGAAGAUGGACAACACCACCCAGACGCAGAAGCUGUCCGAGGCGAAGGUGCUGUUGCAGGAAGCCAAGAAGAACUUGACUUCCAAGAGCUCUGCUUGGCAAAUCGCCCUCAAUGAGGUCGGAGACGCUGAGGCGGGCAUCAACCUAUGGAACGCGAACCAGGGGCUCGCGUCGCUGGCACAGGCUUUGACUGCAGACUCCCUCAAGGACCCUGCCAAGCGCCAGAGCGUAAUCCCUGUCAUUGACUCCGUCCUGGCUGCUGGAGGCCGGAGCUCCGAGGCGCACGCAGAGAGUGCCAAGGCAAUCCAGGCGAGUGUCACGGCAUGCAUCGGGAACCACUGCGAGAGUCCUGAGUCCACGGAGCCGUAUGUUUGCAUCUUGAAGAAGAUCCUAGAGGCAAAGUGGUUGACUGACAAUGGCAACAAGGAGUUGACCAGCUUCGUCAAUUUACUCGAGUGCUGGGGCCCAAUAGUCGAGCACAAGAAGCAAUGGGAAACACUGGGUGAAGACGACGGCAAGCGCUUGGAGGAGGCGUCGGCGAAGAACAUCAUGGUCUCCUUGCUGUCCUCCUUGGAGAGGGUGAAGGAAUUCAUGCACGACCCCACGCAGGUCCCCUCUCUCACGAUCGACUACGACCACGCCAGGAACAUGCAAAAGAGUGCUUCCCUGGUCUCGGCAGAGAACAACAGCAGGGCCUUGAUGCAGUUGUGCGACCAAGCGGAGCCCAAGAGCACAGGAGGCACAUCGAAAGAUCAGCCGUGGCAUUCGACAUUGGAUGCAGACGCGUCGACGAAGGACGUCAUCGAGCUUGGCAAGACCACACUCCUCAAGAUCAAUGCGUCCGGGUUCAAGAGUAUGACGGAUAGGCUGAUCCACGCGAUGGACACCUACAACGUGUGGUCCACGGUGAUCAACUACACGACGGACGCCGCCCUCGUCGACAGGGCCCGCGAGGUCAAAGCCGACUGCUUGGCCACGAUGUUCUCGGCGAAGCUCAUCCACGACCAGAUCGAGCACGCGGAUGCGCCGACGAAGCUCCGCAGGGCCGCGAACAAGAUCAAGCAGAGCGUGAACUCAGCAGGAGUGCUCGACAGGAUGCCCCAGCAGCUGCGCGACAUGAUGAAGAACAUGUGCUCGCUCAAGGUUCGCGGGCCCGACGGCCCUGGAGCACAGGAGCCCCAGCAGGUGUGCGGCCUCAAGAGGCGCGGCUUCGUCAAG